AUGAGUGCUGCUCAAAGAAAAACGGAAUAUGGAAAAAAGAGAGUGAGCAUUACUAUUAAGACUUUUGCAUGGAUUAUAAUACUGUAUCUAAUUGGGACUGUAAGCUCAGAAGGAUUAUCUGGAGAAAAACAUGUUUCUAGGGAUUAUUGUAGAGCAGUUCCAUUAGAUGGUUUUGCAGAUUUUGCGGAAUGUGCACCUCCAAGCAAUGAAGCGGAGUAUACCAUUGAAGUGGUUCCAGUAGUGGCUUCUGGAUUUGAUCUAAGAAGUGAAGUCGAUAUAGUUUUAUAUGGAGGAGAUGAUACACAGACAUCCCCAAUUCCAAUUUCAUCGUCAGUAACAGGUACUGUAAGGUCUUUAGACACAAAACAAUUAGAUAUUGGAGCUCCACAACAAGUCGGAAUAUUCUUAAAGAGUAAUACAACUUGGAAGUGUUUAAAGAUUACAGUUAUUAAAGAUUAUAGAUACUGGGUAUUUUCAUGUAAUGGAGAGCUCACGCCUCAGCAUCGUUCAUUAACCUACGGAGUAACUGGAAAUAAAUUAUAUACCGCAAGUAUUAUGACAGGAAAGAGUGGUGAGGCAGGAACAAGAGGCGGAGUAGAAAUCAGCAUUUCUGGAGAUGCAGGUCAAAGUGAUAAGAUUUUGCUUAAGCAAGGAUUCUACUCAUCAACUUUGAGAAGGAUGCUAUUCAGAGCAGCAGAUGUUGGCAGAAUUAAAGAGAUCAGCUUAACAAACACUGCACUGGAUGACCCAUGGUACUGUGAAUACGUUAGAAUUCAGUCAGAAGAUGGCGAAAGCAUGGACUUUACUGUAAGAAGAUGGAUCGGAAAGCCAUUCUCACAGAUGGUAACACUAACAAAUAAUUUAUCAGGGUCAGAAAACUCUCCUGCUCAAGAUAUUGACUGUAAUACAAGAGCAAUUGAUAUUGUCCCAAGAGCUCCGGUUACUACAAUUACCUUUAAAGUAAAAUGCCCAGUAAAUUGUGGUUCAGAAAAAUUUGCCACUAUUUAUGGAACAGGAAUUCAUGCAGCUUCAUCAUCCAUUUGUAAGUCUGCAGUAUUUGACAAUAUCCUAUCCCCUUCUGGAGGAGAAUUAGUCCUAACAAUAGUCCCAAGUUUGCCAAUGUAUUUUGGUGGAAAAGGUGGAUUUUCUAUGGAAUCUUCAGACUUCUUUCCAAAGCCUGGCAGUGAAAUAUUCAGCUUCUACACAUACUUGAGUGACUCCAUCGAUUUCAUCCAGUCAGAAGUCAGAGUCGUUGAUUCUACAGGUAACUUGGCAUCUUCUGGUAGACUUGAGGUUAGAAGAAAUGGUAUUUGGGGAAGUGUUUCUUUAAAGGGAGAAUCAACUACAACAAACGAACUUGCUGCUACACUUGCUUGUAAGCAGCUAGGUUAUUCAUUUGGAUCUAUCUUACCUUCUUGCACAUACGUUAACGGAGGUAAUGUCUGUACUCCAAAAGGAUACCCAAUUUCAGUCGCUGGAUUGCAAUGUAAUGGAAACGAAAUCGACAUUGCACAAUGUAUGUUUGAGGAACCAAAGACCACCAAUAGCAUGACAACUGUUGCUAUACAAUGUAGCUCAAUUGCUCCAAAAGAUACAAUGCAUGGAGCUCUCAGAAUUGUUGAUUCCUCUGGUGUACCUUCAAGAACUGGAUCAGGAAGACUUGAAGUUUAUAUGGAUGGAUGGGGAUCAGUCUGUAGCGAUGGUUUUACAAGUGCCUCAGAAAGAGUUGCAUGCAGACAGAUGGGAUAUUCUGGAGUUAAAAAUGGAGGAGCAUCCACAAAAAGCUGUAAAGAUUUUGGAGGUGAAGACGUAUGUGGAAAUGAACAGGAAGAAAUUCUCAUGGUAGAUGUUGCAUGUAAGGGAGAUGAAGAAAAACUCGUUAACUGUCAACAUUUCUCAUCAAGUAAUAUUUACUGUGUGCACGAGGAAGAUGUUGUUGUAAGCUGUUCAGGAUCUGGAGACCCAACAGGUAACGGUGCUUAUUUAUCUGAGAAGUCACCAUCUAUCUUACCGUCUAUUCCAUACAACAAGUACCAAUUUGAGUGCAAUGAUAGCCCUGUAAGCAUUAAGGGAGCAGUAGGAACUGGCGCAAUAAUUUCUUGUCCAUCAAGGUGUUCCAAAGCAUCUUCUCACAUUAAAGGAAGUUAUAUCUAUUCUGAUGAUACUCCUGUAUGCAAGGCAGCCAUACACGCUGGUAUUAUUACUGAUGAAAUUGGAGGAGAUGUUGUUAUUACUUUUGUAUCAGGCCAAAAAAAGUAUUUUGGAAGCCUUAAUAAUGGAAUUCAAAGUAGAAGUGUUGAAACUACUGCUUCCAAGUCAAAAAUUAGAGGUUCAGAUUUGGCCUCUUUAAGAUCCUACACCAUCUCAAAACUCUCAGCAACAGUAAAUAGAAUUGACAAUGAUUUAAGUAAACAACUUAUUAAUGAAGAGCUUCCAAGUAUUUCCCCACCAGUACUUUCAUGGGUCUGUCCAACUGAUUAUCCUGGAUUCAGAGGAGGAAAGAAUGAUUAUAUUGAUGCUACCAACUUACCAGGGGGUGAUAGAAUUAGCUCUUUGGACGAUUUUACUAUCUCUGCUAGAAUUCUUAUUACUGGUGGACAAGGUACCUGGAGAACUAUUAUGGCACAUACUGAAUGUUUGGGUAUAUCAUUGUAUAUUGAUAGGGAUAAUACUAUUCAUUUUGACCAAUUAUGUAAUUCUGAUACCGUCUCAACUUCAUAUGCACCUGCCAUUAAUGAAUGGUUAUUCUUAACUGUUACAUAUAACUUUAAUGAAAAAAGAGUUGUAAUGUAUAUUAAUGGUAACGAAGUUGCAAAUAAGGUUACAGGAUUUGUUUUCAAUCUGAAAACUAAGCUAAUAAUUGGUAAAAGCUCUGACUCAGAUAGUGAAUACUUUUUGGGCCAAAUAACUAAUGUUAAUAUAUGGGAUAAAUUCUUUAGUCCAAAUGAGGUUAAAUCUGCUAUGGAGAAGUCUUGGCAUCAAAAAGGAAUGUUUGGAGGUGGAGAACUUAAAGGUAAAAGACACACAAUUGAUGGAAGGCAGUGUAUUACUUCUUGCCAAUCUGAGUUCCCAGUUGCUUACAAAAUGGGAGGAAUCAACUAUGCAACUAAUCCAUCAAUUCAGAUUACAUGCGACACUAAUUUAGAUAAUGCAAAAUUCUCAUCUAAAGCUAAUAAAUUCAGAGUUCAAUGUCCAGCUGGAUGCUCAAAAAGUCGAUACCCUGUAAAAGGACAUAAAGUGUAUUCACCUAAGAGUUCAAUUUGUCAAGCUGCUAUGCAUAUGGGUAUAAUAAGCAAUACUGGUGGUGAGUUUGUAGUUGCUCUUUAUCCUGGACUUAAACAGUAUUCUGGAGCUGCUGGAAAGAAUAAUAUAGUCAGUCUUGAUGAAAAUACUCCUCAGACAAGAUCAUUUGUUGUUGGAGCUGCUCCUAAACCAAGGCAACUUACUUGCUCGGAUACUGCAAGUUUUAUUUUCCAAUUACCAGUUGGUGAAAGAGAACUAGUUUCUUGUCCAAGCAAUUGUGGACUUGAAUCGGAUGCUAAAGUCUAUGGAAUGGAUGUAUAUUCUCCUAUAAGUUCUAUUUGCAGAGCUGCAAUUCAUGCUUCCAAGCUUUCUUCUGGUAUUGCUGGUGAAAUUCAAAUUGAAGUUGGACCUGAACAAUUCCACUUUGAACAAUCUAAUAGAAAUGGUAUUCAGUCUCAGUCUACUGGGUAUUAUAUCAGAAGCUUUAAAAUUGUCUAA